AUGGGCGUCUAUAUUCCCGAGAAGCGGCUCAAAAACCUGCAUACGUACGCCUAUUCGGGCGCCGACGAUUCGAUCAUCUCAAAGGCGAUCCUGGGCCCGUACUGGAACUGGCUCGUGACGCUGGUGCCCACCUCGAUUGCGCCAAACACGUUGACAGUGUCGGGCCUCGCCCUCGUCUUUCUCAACUUCAUCACCUUGGUCUAUGUCGACCCCGGUCUGGAUUGCGCUGGUGCCAAGCUUCGGCCUGGCUACGAUGCCAGGGGACCCUCAGACAUUCUCGCGCCCGUCCACGUUCUGCCCCGAUUCGGCUACCCAAAGGACGCCGUCGCCGCCGACGAGGGCAACGAGGGCCGCUGCCUCAUGCCCUGGGUCUUUCUCACCUGGUCCCUCUGCCUCUUUGCCUACCAGUCCCUCGACUCGAUCGAUGGCAAGCAGGCUCGGCGCACGGGUAUGGCAGGACCCCUCGGCGAGCUCUUUGAUCACGGCUGCGACGCCAUCAACACGACGCUCGAGUGCCUGCUGGCAUGCGCGGCCCUCAACGUCGGCAAGAGCUACUGGUCCAUCGCUGCACUCGUUGCUACCCUCUCCAACUUUUACCUCACCACUUGGGAAGAGUUCCACACGGGCACCCUCUACCUGUCUGCCUUUAGUGGACCGGUCGAGGGCAUCCUGAUGAUCUGCCUCGUCUACCUCAUCACCGGCCUUGCGCCCCAGGGCGCCCGGUUCUGGGACCGCGGCAUUCUCAGCGUCACCGGCCUCGAGACGAUUCCCAGCAUCGCAAAGUCGUACAGCCGCUACAACUUUGCGCUCAACGAUGCCUUCCUGACCUUUGGCGCCGUGGGCCUGUUUGCCAACGUCGUCGCGUCCUACUCCAACGUCGUCAAGGCCCGGCGCGCCAACAAGCGCGACCCCAUCAGCCCACUCCUCGGCCUGGCCCCUCUUGUCAUCCUCCUCGUCUGCCUCUGGACCUGGUCCACCGCGAGGGGCGCCGCCGUGCUGCGCGACGGCCAGGCCUACGUCGCUCUCGUCUGCGCAUUCGGCCUCAUGUUUGCCUACACCGUCGGCCUCCUCAUUGUCGCACACGUGACAAAGGCGCCCUUUCCCUACUUCAACGUCGCCCUGGGCUGGGCCAUCCUCGGCGCUCUGGACAGUGCCGCUGAGCAGUGAGUACUUUUGGCUCUCUUGCCUUCUUCGAUCGAUUGAGAUAGACAGAGAGAGAGAGAGAGCAGGAUGUCUGACUCAGCCAAUGCUUCAUCUCUCUCUCAGCCCCGUGGUGCAGAACUCAAAGGCGGGCACCAGGACGGCGUGCUACUUUGUCUUGGUCUUCAGCUUCCUCCUCUACGGCCACUUUUGCUACGACGUCAUCACCACC